GAUUUGCGUAGAGCAGAUGAAAAUUUACAAUGCUAAAAGACUAUGGGACCCUAUGGUGUUUCCACGAAAAACCCUCCAAACACUUAACAGUAUUUUCUCCAGAAACAGUAAACAUUAAAAAUUUGGCCAAUUUAACAGCAAAUACUAAAAAUUGUGGUCAAAUAACACUAAACACUAAACCCCAUUCAGACCCUCUAGUAGUUUUGUUAUUAUAGAGUAGUUAAUAUAUGGAAGUCGCUGCGCAGUUCCCUUAAGGAUAUCUUAAAAAUUUUCUAGAUUCCUACUGCCUCUUAAUGGCUUUUCCUUUUGUUGUUGUUAUUAAUUAGUAGCUUAUUGUUACUUGUAGGUAUUGUCUUUGAAAAGCCACUUUGGGGAAAGUCAAUAAAGGAUGUAUAUAAGUAUGCACUAUCUCAUGGCCUACAUAAGGUGACGUCAAUUGAUGAUUGAUGAGUUCGUUCCAUCAAAAAACAAUCGUUGUUGUCUAUGGAAUUCUUUGGAAAAAAGGACGCUUUUUAGUCUCCUCCCCCAUUUAAUCACCUUGUCAUUAUCACCUUCGCACUCACUCUCUAAAUUAAAUCGAGCAACAUCUGAAAGAAUCAAAAUACAAAACAACAACCAUACAGUGUCAAGAAUUAUUUUAACUCCGAAUAAAAAGCAAACGAGAGGGGAAAUCGGAACCAACUGAAUUCUGUAGGCCAUGAAGCUGUCAUGCAUUUUCUAUCUACGCUAUUUUCGGAAACCGCUAUAUAUCUUGACGGGAAAUUUAUUUGCAAGAAAGGAGCCAUGAACUUUCGAUUUUAUUGUUUGCUUAUCAUUACAUGGCAUUAUAUAUAGAAUUUUACAGGAUUUUGUGGUAAUCAAGAGUAGUUUGGGAAACGUUUCAUGACCAAGUGACGCGAAGUUCUACGGAUAUUAGUGCUCGAAAUCCAAAGAUUCCACUGAAGAUGCGAACUUGUUUUCGUUUCGAUUUUGUGUGAAGAUCGACGGUUUAACUGCAUGGUGUAACAGUUGCACAGUUAUAAUUUGCUGUUCUCGUGGAAGAAAAAAAAAAUUGUAAUGUGCAUGGAAGAUGGAAAUGCUUGGUGACAUGCACAGACAGUCAGCGCAACAUGAGAAGAUUAAAUGUACUGCCCUGGGCUAACGACAUUGUAAUUUAUUAGUAUUUUCUAUUCUCUUAUUGUCUUGUUUUUGUUUUGCAAAUAACGUCAUCUUUGGUCAAUCAUGCCCUCAUUAAUCAAUAAUGUGAACAUGCCAAGACUGCCACCCUGCGAACGCAGACGUAUUUGCGGCUGUCGCAUGUCUACGCCGAAAAUUACAGCUACAAGACUACAAAAUACCCCAAACGUUUUAAACCUUAAACAAGAAAAGGGUUCAAGACAAUGAGAAAUAACGAAAGUACUCUUUAUAAGCAUGAUCGUUUUGAAACCAACUUGUUGUUAUCUUGGGGCUUGAUUGCAAUGGCCAAUUCAAUCUUUUUUGUGCACUUAAUGCAAAACAAGGUUCAACUGAAAUAGUGUAUCCCACACAUGUACCCCUUGGGCACCUAUUUUGCAUAUUUGCUGGCAAGCGACUCCAUGAAUCGAAGUGACGACAGCCUCUGCGGUUAAUACUUUUGCUAAUUGCGAUCAAAAAUAGAGGGUCUGUGAACAGCCUGAAACUGGCCUAACAUAAUUACGUUUUCGGGUCACUGAAUUUUUAAAAUGGAGCCGCGUAAUGUUUUGUCACUAAUUCUAAUACCAUAUUUUUUUGAAUAUUGCACCAAAGUAAAUUUACAUCGUUGAGUGCAGUUGGACGCAUUUGUAAAAGAGAUUUGUAAUUGACCCAAUAUAACUGUUUUGAUAUUAACUUUACUGUUAAAAACAGCCUUGUGGAUCUAAAAAAGUUUUUCACCCCCUGUAUUAAUCCAGUAACUCGCAAGGAUUAUCAACAUAUAUCUUCUCCUUAGAAUAUCGAUACGUUGUCAUGUAGGCAGGCAAGGAGAAUUGAGGAAACUAUCAACUAAGGGAUAUUGUCUUAAUGCAGCAUCAUCGUUCUUAGAAAGAACAUUAAAAGAAAUUGAUGACCAAACCGCAACCAUUAACUAUACUAACGAAAAUAUUACAUUCAAUAUCUAAGUCAGUUAAAAGUGUUCAGUUAAAAUGUAUCCUGGCAACUUUGAUAAUAAAAAUACAAACAUAGGACAUUCUAAAUGGAUAUAUUUCAAGUGAAAUACCUUUGACUAAAAGGAGCCUUAUUUUGGUCGCCGAACACUGCGUAUAAAGUGUUGUUGCAUUGCUAUGUUUUAGUAACCGUACAGAGAAUUUAGGAAUUCUAGAAAUACCGCCUAAACUAAGACUUCCUAUGUAAAUCAUUUGUCGUUUUGUCAUCCAUGGCGAAGAACACGCGAACUUAAAUAUCAAGAUGAAGUAAACCGAUUUCCAACUUCCGGUAAAUAAAACUCAGUCAAUAAUAUUUCACAAGCGUAAUAAAGGUUAAAUUUCAAUUGCACGUCCUCUUCAUACAAGAAUUAUCCGAAUAUUUACUCAUCCUGUUUGCACGACAAAGAUGUUUAUAGGAAGUCGCACGUUCUAGAACCAAAAUAUGUUUAAAUGUAUUGGAGUACGUGUCACGUUUAUUUUUACAUAUAAUAACGAAAUAAAUUUCUUGAUGGAUUAUCCCUUGUGUAGGAAAGAGUAAUUGAUUUUGUGUCUACGAAAAUACUAAUAUUUACUUUGAUUUGACCAAUAAUCUCUACAAGUCACGGGCGGAUGACAGUUGUCGAUGUCACACGAGUAAACAAAACGCGGAUAAAUGCAUGAAAAACACAGACGCCUUUUUCCUGAUUUGGUAUAUUUACAAAGGUGAAUCACAGGAAAAGUGGAAUUACGUUGAUGAUUUCUUUUUCGGGGUAUAAUUGAGACCGAAAUAAGAAUUACGAUAUUGGUUCUCGAAUUUCUAAUAUUGCUGAUGUCAUGCACAGGUCGCUUCAAUUCGACGAGGGCCAAGUCACGAGUUGAUACCUGCAGCUGAAACCGCUAUUUUACAUCACAAAAGAGCGAGCGACGAGUCAAGACAAUAACAGAAUUACAGCCUGUCCUUUGAAUGAACGAAAAAGUGAAAGGAAAUUUCAUCAACGAAACGCUAAUGAGCGCUGCUUCAAAACCUUUUCAAGCCUUUUCAAGUCUUUCAAGAGUGUAGGCGGAUCAUUUUAAUUACCAAAGUAGAUACCUUGCGUUUGUAUAGCAUUUUUUCAGAUACGAUUUCAAACUUGCGAGCCACAACAUCGGAUGCCAACAGAAGAAGGUUAUAACAAGAUGCCUCCUAGCGCAGAGCCUUCCGCCGAACCAAGGACAACGGACCCGAACCCCGAACCUUUGCCCGAUUGGGAUACAGCGCUUAUGGCGUGGAAAUCACUCUGGGAAAUACACUUCAUUGGAUUUGGACUGCUGUUUCUGGGAGUCACGUUAUUCUCUUGUAUAUGCGUGGUUAAAAUCAAACAUCGCGCUAAAGGCAUGACAUUAGGGAAUUAUUUCCUUGCAGUGUGUUUAAUGCUGGUGGUGUUUAGUUUCUCGAGGACACUGUUUCUUAUGCUGGAUCCGUACGAGUCACACACGGUCUUAAAUCUGCCUGUGCUAUUGAUCAGAAUUCUGUUCGCGAUUGGUUACCCAUGCCUAACUUCAGCUUUAUCACUCAUUCAUUUCGCUUUCCUGGAGGUAAACAAACUUAGACUCGUUUCUCGUCGACUCCAGAACAUCAAGUUCCUUGUGUCGGUGAUAGCGACACAUUUCGUCGUUGUUUUGGUGGUGUACCUAUUGAUAACAAUGGCGCCCAAGCUCGCUCGCCUUCUCAUCCUGUGCCAAACGAUAUUAAUCGUUUGGUGGUUAGUCCUCGCGCUGUGUUUCCUGUACAGUGGAUGGCAAGUGAACUGGCAGUCUCAACUCACUGCCAAAUUUUUCAAGGCUACAACCGUAAAAGAAAGAGCUGUUUCCACGCUCUCCACAUCCUCGCUCGAUUCGCGCGUGACUGCGGAGCAGAAUCGCGUCCAGGCAGAACAGAACGAGCCUCCUAAAGGAGCGCAGAAAAUCGCGCGAAUUUCAGGUCUCGUCUCGCUUCUCGCCCUGCUGUACGUGGCUGCGGAUCUUUACUCGUUGUUCUCACUGUAUAAUCUUUACGAUCUUGAGGAAGAAAGCAGCGUGGAUCAUUGGUCAUGGUGGGGUUAUCAGACGUGCAACCGCAUGUUGGAUUUUCUGUUGUGUUUGGUGAUCGCGUACGUGAUUUUCCCUUCCACUCAAAUAGAGAAGAAGCAAAAAAGUUCAGGGGACAGCCAUUCUGUGCGAAUGAAUAAAAACGUUACGAUCAAGUCUUUUGAUAAACUGGAUGUGGUGUAAAAUAUUCAAGGAAUACAUGCGAUAUUGGAAGAUGAGAUUUCGAACCGAGCCUACGUCACGGCAUAACAUGACCUGUGAUCAGACAACACGAAAGACAUCCACUGAACGUCACUUACUUCAACCCCGACUUCAACAAGGAAAUCAAGAAAAAGUUGAAGUCUCGGGGUAUGAGAUAGAACAGUUGCAAUUAAAUCAAACUGAUUACGAGUUACAAUUUAAUCUGAAUGUUAGCAUUACCAAUACUUAGCUAAUAAGUUGAAUUGCAUUAAAAGAAUGGGUAAAGUUUUACGGCCGCGUUUUGAACAGUUGUACAAAUAAGCUGGUUUAUCCAACUACGAUUUCACAAGGUCAACACAAUUCAUGCGUUGUAUUGACACUCACGAUUUUAUGCUGACACGAAAUAUGGGAAUUAUUUCACGAGAAAAGCCGGCUGGGUUAUGUUUGUUAUUCUUGACGUCAGCGAAGAAACACGAUUAGGCGACUAUCGAUUUCUUGUAGUGGGCUGCUAUUGGUUUCUUGAGAAAAGCUCUGGUGAUAUUUGAAUACAAGUAGCAGCUGUUGUCUCCGUUUUCCUGUGUUUCCAACACUUCAAAACGACAAAACGGAGUAGCUUAGAGAAGAUCAAAUGGACCGCUUACAGCCAGUUAACCGCAAGCCUGUGAUAAAAAGGGUUGGAAUGCAAGCGCAAUUGAAGACAAGAUGUAGAAAGAAACAAAAAAA